UACCUUAUCCCUUGAACAAUGGGUACUGCAAUAGAUGUCCUUGAUAUUCUCGACCUUAAUGAACCAAGUCCCAGAAAGUCUAUGCUUGACAGAGAAGCUAUUCUGAGUCGCACAGAGAAAAGAAAAACUUCUCGUCCUAAUCCACCACCCAAAAGACCAGACCAUGUUCCGCGUGAAGUUUGGGGUUUACACAGUACUCUUAACAAUAAUCUUCCUCCGAUUAUGCCAACUGAUAAUACACCUCUGUAUAAACAACCCAAAGCCGUAAUUGGUGUAGGACGAGUUCGUUCUUGGCAAUGGACACCUUUUACAAAUUCCGCUAGACAAGAUAAUUUAGUCUUAUAUCAUUGGAGACGAGAAAGUUCCGAUCCUGAAGCUAAUAAAGAUUAUUAUUUUGCUCGAUACAACAAGCAUGUUACCAUUCCAGAAUACACUAAUGAAGAAUAUGAAACAAUGUUGAAAGAUACAAAAUGGUCUGAAGAACGUACUGCACAUUUGAUGGAGUUAGCGAAACGUUUUGAUUUACGCUUUAUUCAUAUGAGAGAUAGAUGGGAUUGUGAAAAAUUUCCUGGACGUCCAUCUGUGGAAGAUCUGAAAGAAAGAUAUUAUGGGAUUCUGAUACAAUUAGAUAAGGCUCGUGGAACAAAUCUUUCACAAGGUCUACGAUAUGAUGCAGCACAUGAACGUCGACGUAAACAACAAUUAAGUCUAUUAUACGGUCGUACAAAAGAUCAAGUUGAUGAAGAACAACGUUUAAUUGUAGAAUUACGUAAAAUUGAAGCUAGACGUAAAGAACGUGAACGUAAAAAACAAGAUUUACAAAAACUUAUCUCAUUGGCUGACAGUGUGACUCGUGACAGUGAUUUAACUGAACAUACAGGCCAUGAAAUGAAUACAGAUGAUGCCAAUGCUUGGUUAACAUCUUCUACACAUUCAUCUGGUGGCGUUGCUGGUGGUGGUGGCGGUGGCGGUCUGUCAUCAUUAUCAUCGUCCACUAAUAAUAAUUCAUUGUCAACAUCAACUAGUGGAGUACAACGUAAACGACCUGGCAGUGUUAGUAAUUUCACUGUGAUCAACAACAAUAACAACAACAGCAGUUAUAAUAAUAGUACUGGCCAAUUGACAUCAUCAUCAUCAGCCAGUCCAUUGGUUGGCAAUCCGAAUUCAUUGAUGAAUAAUAAUAAUAAUACAGAUUCUAGUUGUACAAAUGUAAAUAGUCUAGGCGCAGCAGCAGCAGGAACUACUACUGGUACGGUUGCAACUACUGCGGCGGCAGUCUCAGUAACAUCUGGAGAUAUUUGUGCUUCAUUGAAUUCUGCUUCGAAUACAGCUAAUACUGCACUAAAUACACAAUAUUCAAUAAACUUUUUAGAUGUUAGCAAAAAUUCUGGUGCACAUCUACGUAGUCAAAAGAUGAAAUUACCCAGUAAUUUAGGACAGAAAAAAACACGAAUUAUUGAAAAUUUCUUAGGUCAUUUACAAAUUGAUCCAAAUCCACCAGCAACUGUAGAAAUUGUUGAAUUGUAUAAUAAUUUACGUUCAAAAAUUCUAUUAUUAUUUGAUUUACGUUUGGCCUUGUUAAAUUGUGAUUUUGAAUUACAUUCAGCUCGAUUAAGAUUAGAAACAUUUGCACCGAAUAAACCAUUACCUUGUGGACUUAUCAGUCUACCAAAUCCUAGUUUAUCAGACUCACCAGAAGAUUCAUACUAUAAUUUGAUUGAUCCAGCGAUUUUAGCCGCUCUCCGUGUAGCCGACUCAAAACGUCCAAUUCUACCGCGUCAUUCACUUGGUGUCGCUGGUACAUUGGCUGCAGCUGCUGGAAGUUUAGGUUUGCAUAAUCUCACUGUCAACAAUGGUAUACCAUCUACUUCUACUACUACCACUAAUACUACUACUACUUCAACUACUACUCAUAAUAAUACCACAGUAGACAAAUCAGAUUCGAAACAAUUUCGAUUGAAUCCAUCGUCAUCAUCAUCUUGCAUGAAUCCUUCAGAUAAUAGUGGCCUAUACAAUUCUUCUAAUGUACUGACACCGAAUCGAUCUUCUCCAGCGUUAUCAGGCAGUGGUGGAUAUACUGGCAAUUUAGACUCGGAUAAUUCAUCAUCAGCUGGUGAUGGUAUAGGGAGUUCACAACGUCGUCGACGAGCAGCCGCUUUAGAACAGGGACGUGUUUUGAAAAAGCUUAAAAUUAAAGGUCAACUUGUUGAUUAAUGUAAUAAUAAUUGUUGAUUGUUUGUUUGUGUGUGUGCGUGUGUGUGUUAAUGUGUACAUAAAAAGAAGUGUUUUAUGCCGUUGAUCUCAUUUGACUUAUCCUGUUGUUUGAGGUUGAAACAACCUUUUUUUCUCUCAAAUAUAAAUACAUAUUCAUCUAUGUGA